AUGCAAGAGUUGUGACUACUAGAAAAGGGUCUUGUUACUUCUACUGUGUUGAAUCUCAAUCAUUUACGCAACAAGUAUUUGCAAAUUUGACUCUGAUGUUAAGCUGAAGGGAAGUGAUUUACUUCAAGGAAAUAAAGGUCAGCAAGGAUCAUUUAAAAAAGCAUUGAGAGCUGUUUGACAAAUGUAGAAUUACAGAGUUACCAGUAAACUGAGGGGUACAAAGAAUUGGGAGUGAGGAACUGGUUUCAGCAAUAUAAGAAGUCUGUGAUCAUGGUAUAAUCAAAGAUAUCAAAAAAUGUGCAAGCACUACAGGAACAAGGAAAAAAUAUAUCAGAUUGCUGAAGGUUGAAAGACUUGGACGUAAGGAGAGAGACCAAAGUUUUGGGAAGCUCUGAACAGUUGAACAGGUAUCUAAUUAUCUUCAGACUAGUGAACCAAGACAUCAUACUCCCCUGAGAGACUAGCAGAGUGGGGAGCCAAACAGUUCUGUUCUGGUAUUGUGCUCAUUCUAUCAUUUUGGAAGCUGAUUCCAAAGUGGUCCCCUCACCUCUCUUGGCCCCCAGCUGCCAUUCAAGAAGGCCUCAACUCCCAAUAUUCACUACUUACUCUUUAAUGUCUCAGGGAAGUGAUCCUGGUUCCUAGCCCUCAAAGCAGAGAAACUUCCCUCCCUUUACAAUAGGCAUCCCUAUGGAAGUGAAGACACACAAGAUGGCCAUCACCUGAGAAACAACAAACAGCUGCAAAUAGAAUCAGUAAUGAAUGAUUUGUUCACCCCUUGAAUGGAUUUUGGAUGGAGAGGAGAGAAAGCAAGAAGAAACUGAGCAUACUGGCCUUUCUUUGUAGAAGGAGGAGCACUGGAAUCCAUAUCUUGCAAUAGGCAGAAACCUCCAGACCUCGAGCAGCAGGUUGAAAGAGGCCAGAAGCAGUGAGAAUAUCAGACCCAAACAGGCUUGUUGGGUGGGCAGGAUAAUAGGGUUGUUGGAGAGAAAAAUAGCAGCAAAUAGUUGAGAAGAGGCUGGGGGAGAUAAAGAAUCACGUACUUCUGUUCAAAAAUAUUCCAGUGCAGCUCCAGGAGGCGUAAAGACACACAGGUCACAGGGAGAGGCAGAAGGGGGCAAAAAAAAUACAGUUUUAUGAGAAGCAGAGGUACCAGAAAGAGAAGCUCCAUACAGCAAUCAGCCAAGCUGGGAAGAAGAGAUUGUCUCUGAACUUAGUGGUGUGUCUUGGAGCAGAAGACUGAUAGUAAACAAGUAAACAGUGACAGCUGUGGGGAGCACAAGAGCAAAGCCUGCUCAGUGACAAGGAUGACGACUCUUCCAGAGACCUGUGACCAGGAGCUGAGAACAGGUGCAAAGAAAGAACGAUGCCUUCAGGGAAAAGGCCUACUUCUGUGCACACUUCUCAGUACUCUCAUUGGCUUUACACUGCUUAUCACCUACAUCACGAUCACUUGUGGUCUAGGAUCCUGUGAUGUCGGGGUGGGUCUUACACUGUUGGCCAGACUCCUGAGUUCUAGGAAUAACUCUGUAGACCCCUGUGAGGAUUUCUACAAAUAUGCCUGUGGCAGCUGGGAAGGCAAAGACUCAAGCCGAACCACAGAAGAGUCACUGAAUGUGUUUGAUGUGUUGUUGGAAGAAAAUCAGCUGAUCCUGAAAAGGCUUUUAGAGGGCCCACAGCUUGGGAUAAGAGGCUCAGCCAAGGAGAAAGCCAUCCAGUUCUAUCGCUCCUGCAUGGAUACCAAACAGAUAGAAUCCCAAGGAAGUCAACCAUUGAAGGACCUCCUAAAUCAGAUUGGUGGAUGGAAUAUGACAGAUGCAGGGAAAGCAAAAGAUUUUAAUGAAACUCUCCAGAUUCUCAUGGGCAGAUAUGGUACCUUUCCUUUCUUCAGAGUGCGUGUGGGACCCGAUCCUUUUGACCUCAAGACCAAUAUAAUUCAGAUUGACCAUCCUGAGUUCGAGAUGCCACAUGAGAGUAAACUCAAAGAGACCAAUUAUCUUGAGGUUCUCCGUGUGUAUCUCUCAUAUCUGAACAAACUCGGGGUCCUACUUGGAAGGCCACAGGAUGGCCCCCCUGAUAUCUUUUCCCUCCUCUUGUCCUUCAUCUCUAACCUCCAGCGAGCUAUCACCCCGCUGCAGGAAAGAAAAGAGAAGGGGAUGCUCUUCUUUCACACUACCAUUAGGGAGCUACAGGAAAAAGCACCUGCUAUUGACUGGCUGUCAUGUCUCCAGGCUGUCUUCCAUCCUAUGCCAAUCAACCUCUCUCAGCCAAUUGCAGUGCAUGACAUGGAAUACUUAAGAGGCAUGUCACAGAUCAUCCAACAAUGGCACAAGGGAAGGGUCCUUCAUAUUUAUAUGCUUGUUUGUCUGAUUGGGAAUCUCUCCCCAGCCCUUGACAGUCGAUUCCAAGAGGCACGCCUGGAGCUGUCUAAGAUUCUUUAUGGAAAAACGGGAUCUAGAAUGAUCCCUGCUGAGCGUUGGAGGAAGUGCUUGACUGACACCAGCUCUUUCUUUGAGCCAGUUCUAGGGCAGAUGAUUGUGCAAGAAAUUUUCCCUCAGCAGACCAAGAAACUUGCUGAGCAGAUGUUCUCUGAGAUCCAAGAUGCCCUCCAUAGCCGACUGGAUCAGUUGGAGUGGAUGGAUGACCAGACUCGCCAAGAGGCUAAAGGCUUGGUUUCCACAGUGCAAGUGCAGAUUGGCUAUCCAGCUCACAUACUCCAGACUGCCAAAGUGAACCUGGAAUAUCAGAAUGUGGAGAUAAAAGAAGACACUUUUUUCCUCAAUGUGGUGGCUUGCUUGAAAGUACUGAGGGAAAAUUCCUACAUGAAACUCCUUCACCAUCAGUCACAGGAUGACUGGCAAGUGUCCCCUUGGAGUGUGCAUUCCUACUACUCAAUAAGGCACCACGUGGUGGUCUUCCCUGCUGGAAUGUUCCGCAGCCCUUUUUUCCAUGUGGAGUUUCCCAGCGCUGUGAACUUUGGAGCCAUUGGGGUCUUCAUGGCGCAUGAACUUCUGCAUGCAUUCUAUCGUUAUGUGCUGCCUGGGGGCUGUCUUACAUGCAACAUGAGUGCACUACAGAGAUCAAUAGACUGCUUGGUUGAACAGUAUGAAAGCUUUGACAUUAAGGUCAAUGGUACGUUUACACUCUUGGAGAACACAGCUGACACUGGAGGUCUCACCAUUGCUUACCAGGCUUAUAAGAAUUGGAUGAAAAAGCACAAACAAGAGAAGGUUUUACCCAGGAUUGGACUUUCUUAUGACCAGCUUUUCUACCUCAGUUUUGCUCAUGCAAUGUGUGGACACCUGGAUCCUGAGAAACUACAGUCUUCCCUGAACACGGAACUGCACAGUCCCCUGCCACUUCGUGUCUGUGGGCCUGUCAGCAACAGCCAGGAUUUUGCCAAGCAGUUCCGCUGUUUCAGUGGAUCCCCAAUGAACCCAGACAAGAAGUGUCACAUCUGGUAACCUAUAAGGAAAGGGAUGAAGAGAGAUAUGAUCCCAGGGAGAGGAAGGCCUGAGCCACGAAAGUAUGACCAUCUUCUCAGCGCCCCUAAGGUGCUCUUUUUCACUCUUCUACCUUCCUUUUUCUUGUUAUUUGAUCCUCAACAGUUGAUGGCAGCAAAAUUCUUAAACUGAGCUCUUAAGGGAAAAGGGUCUCCUGCUGCUCUCAGCACUCUGCCUCAGGUGUGACAGCUCUAGGGCUGAGCAAGUCCCAAGGCAGCAAGAUGACUAGCCAGUGUCUAGCAGACAACAACUGCUGAGGAGCUGUCAACAGGACAUUAUUAGUGUCUCUGUUCAGUACACUGCUCUGUCUACUCCAGCAGCCUCAUAGUCAUGGUGCAUGGACAGGGCAAUAAGCUGGAGCUCUAAGACUUGUUCAUAGAAGAUUGGCUCUUAGGGAAGUUCAUAGUGGGUUACUAUGAAAAUCACACUUGUGGUUACCAGAGAGGGAAGAAUCCUCUUCUCUUCUGCCAAUAGAUAGAGAUAGGUACUAGGAAAGACUCAGUGGCUCUAGCUUCUAGUCUGAAAGUCACUUAAUAAGGAAAGUUACUGAAGACCUUCCCUGUUGGUUUUUGUUGUUGUUGGUUGGUUGUUUCAUCAGCAAAACUCCUAAGAAACAAAAGAGGAAAGCAUUCUCUUUGGUGGAAGGAGGAUUGGAUGCUGAGAACAGAUCCUCUUCUUUCUUUCUUUUCCAUAAAGACUCUCUUUUUUAAGUCUCUAUGUAGGUUUAAAAGUAUGGUAGAGAGUGUGGGGCAGUCAACAGGCAUUUCUAGAAGUUUCUGAAGACUGAGCAAUUAGAAUUCCAAGAACUUCUUUGGAUCCUGAACCUAAUUCUCUUAUCCCAAAAGAUAAGAUUCUCUCUCCUCUCUAUGUUUGUAAACACUUACCAUCCAGAGGAGAAAAGCUGCUGUAGGAUUUUACUUUGUACCUGAAAUUGAAUUUCAGGUAUGAAUUUCCUUUAGAGGAAAAGAAGAGUAAGAAGUAAUAAAUUUUAGGGUAGCAAGGGAAGUGCUUAAAUCACAUUCUCAAGAGCAACCUUGUACUUACAUCAAUUUCAGGUUCUGAUAAUUAGAAAAUUUAUACUAAUGUUCUAAGAUUUACCAAAGUUAAUAAGUGUACAACAUACUCCUACCUUCUGCAUACUCUUCAAACCGUUCUUGAUUGUGGGAGCAUUUUCAUUUUCCAUAGUAUGUUGGCUUGCCUGGGGAUCGUUUGUGGAGUAGAUGAUGACAAAUGGAAAUAUCUUUUAUCACUAUAAGCAUUGUAAAAUUGUGUCAAUGCCAAUAACUGUGUUACUCCUUCCCAAGUACUGCCCAGCACAAUAUUUUCCAAGAACAGAGUGUUGGGUGAUUUAAUUUUAA